UUAACUGAUUUAUUUUAAAUGUAAAAUAACCAGGAAACGGUGAGACAUACCUUCCUGAAUUAACUGAAAUGAGAAGAAGAUUAUCUUACCUAUGUGUGCUUUAGUUUUUAGGGUUUUAAGGCGUUUACUGGUUGCUAGGCAACGGGAACAGCAGAGGUAGAGCGGAUGACACAUGCGGUACCUCAGGAGGGACAGAUCGUCCCAUUUCAGGGGCCGCAGGCUUCAGCCCCUGCGGUUGAUGGGAGACACAGCCCAGGUGUGUACCGCGAAGGCUGAAUCCUAGAAAGGUGCAGCCAAACCGGUUUCCUUCCAACAAUUGCGCCGCUCCCACGUGGUCACAGACCGAGCUCCCUCCUCCACUGCCUCCUCUCGAAGGAGUCGGCAAGUUUUUUUUGAGCUGCUCCCGGUUCAGGUCGUCCUGCUGCGAUGGAGAACUUCAGACACUUCGUCGUGUCUCUGUCCGCCGCCCUCUUCUUCGGGGUCGCGUCCAUAGUGUUCGUGGCGGUGUGGGUGAGUCACUACGGAGAAGGGGUCGCCUGGGACGGAGGAAUGGCGGAGUUCAACUGGCAUCCCGUGUUGGUAGUCAGCGGAUAUAUUUUCCUCCAGGGUUUAGCCAUCGUUGUCUACAGAAUCCCCUGGACUUGGAAGUUCAGCAAACUGACGAUGAAGUUUAUUCACGCCGGCUUGCACCUACUCGCCUUCAUCUUCGCUGUCAUCGCUAUGGUGGCCGUUUUUGAUUUCCACAAUGCUGCCGAAAUCCCCAACAUGUACAGCUUGCACAGCUGGUUGGGCCUGGUAGCUUUGACACUGUUCUGUCUGCAGCUUGUUCUUGGAGUUGGCAUCUACUUGAUACCAGUUACACCUGCAUCCUGGCGAGCAGCGUUUAUGCCCCUACAUGUCUUCUCUGGCCUUUUACUCUUUGCCAGUGUAAUAGCUGUAUCACUCAUGGGCAUCACAGAGGAACUCCUUUUGGGCCUGGAUAGUCCACAGUACAAGGACUCUCCCCCAGAGGCUAUUUUUGUGAAUGUUCUGGGGGUCCUCUUGGUGGUUUUUGGAGCUCUUGUCCUCUGGAUUGCCACUCGAACUGCUUGGAAACGCCCCAGUGACCAGGUCCUGCAUACUCUGCAUACCGAAGGGGAAGGGGUCGAAAACAGCAAAGUGAGUCCAGCCAUGUCUGAGCUAUCUCGUGGAGCUGAUGGGGAGCCGUGUGGGGAUGUCAGGAGGAGGAGCGGCAAUCCCUGAUUACAUCAGGACAGGCUCAGAGUCAAGAGUGUCUCCAGUCUCAUAUGUGUGUACUCAGGAAUCAGGAACAUUUAUUGCCAAAAUAUAUUAGACAUACGAGACAUUUGACAUGGCGGUACACAGCAAACUUCAGAGAGUUAAAUUGACUCUGUGAGAUUCAAUUUGAAUCCUAAGCUGGUGUUUAUGUUGUCCCAAUCUUGUCAGUGUUAAAUCAACACUCAACAAAGUGUUAACAAUUUAACUCAGAAAUAUCAAAAAUAUAUCUGCUCAGUGUUAAAUACACUCUACGUAGAGUUAAACCCAACCCAGAGACACUAGUGUACAGUUACAUUUCAAACCUAUUUGAAAGUUAAUGUAACUCUACUAAGUGUCGCAAAUAAAUCUGAUCAGUGUUAAAUACCAAAUAAAUACACUAUGUAGAGUUAAAAACCCAAGUCCUUGACACUGGAUAAUGACUCCAGCUCUUUCGUACAAUCGACUCUGUAACAGUUGAAUCAACAUUUUGCAGUGUGAUUUCAAAUGCAACUCUGAAAAAUUAACUUUAAUAAUUUUGCUGUGUAGGUGCAUAACAACAGACAGUAAGACAAUGGACAACAAGACAGAUAAGAUCACAUAGUUCAAGAAAAUGGCAUGUUCAAUUUACAAACUUACAAUUUAACUCUACGGAAUAACAUAUAAGGCUAUGGGCUAGGGGGAUAUACAAUAGACAAUUUAAAAAUAAAGGAUAAGAAGGAAUUUAAAUUAAGAAGCAUGAGCAUGAUAACCAUACUGCAUGAUAACCAUACUGUACCAUACUGUACCAAGCUCUCUCACAAUCUACAUUAGUCAGAGGAGGUAAAAAUUAGGCCAAUUAUUCAUGCUGAUUAUUCUUUAUAUGACUUUAUCAUGUGCAGUUUGAAGUAUGUAUUGGAUUUUGUUUGUAUUAGUUUCCCCUUGUAUUGGUUUUUCUUCUAAAUCUAUUGUAAGCAAAUGCAAAUACUUCUUAAUUACUUCAUAAUAAGAUUCAUGUACUUCUUAAUUACUUCAUAAUAAGAUUCAAGUGAUGUGGCAAUUCUCUUUGUUGACAUACGCUGCAAAUAUUUAGGUUGUUUGAAUACUCCUAAGUCCUUUGCAUUGUCAUAUCUGGGUCUUGGAUUUUUUCACACCACAUCUUUUACAAUAAAUAUAUUUUCUUUGUUCCCGUU